AAAGUAGGAAAACCCCACAGGAAAUAUUAUUAUUUACGUACAAACUUCCCGUGUUUUUUUUUUUCUUCUGAAGAUGGAUGAUCAACGAUAUGCGGCAUACAAAGACAUGCUUAUAUCUGUUGCCGAUGUAGUAGACCAAGAUGUAACUGUGCUUAACACAAUGAAAUUUAAAUGUGACCGCAUCAUCAAAGGCCGGGAGAGAGAUCAAAUCAAAUCUGCCAUACAGUUAUGGACAGCCUUGGAGAAAAGAGAAUACCUCGGUUUAUCAAAAACAGAUUUUCUGAAAGAACUUUUGAAAUCAUGUAUGAGAGGACAGGUAGAAGCACUAAAUAUGGUGGAAAAUUAUGAACGGUUAAAUGGUGAUUUACCUGGCAGUUUCAAUGGACAAGCAAUACCAGCUCAAGUAAACUGUCCUGGUAAUCCCCAGAUAAUAUACAUUGGACAAAAAGAUUCAUCAAGACAAUUUCCACAACAGGGCAGAGAAGUUCUUGGUCCAGAUCUGAAGAAAGAAAUUGCAUUUCUGUCAAAAUCCCUUGGCCGAAACUGGACAUUUUUCAUGCGAGAACUUGGCCUCCCUGAUAUUGAGAUAGAAGCCAUAAUGUCCGACUACAAAUAUACAAAGGAACAGGCUUAUCAGUGCUUGCUACUGUGGCAGGAUAUACAAAAACAGGAAGCUACCAAACAAAGACUUGUUAAUGCACUUAGAACUGUUAACAGGAAUGAUUUAGCAGACACUCUGGAAGAAGGAACUUAUUGAUGUUUGGACUAAAGUGUUUAUAUAUUUUCUGGCCUUUUGGGGUUAUGGAGUACAUUCAAUUUUACAAUAACCUUUACCCUGCUAAAUUUCUAAAGUGAACUGAUCCAUCCUUCAAUAUGGACAGUACCACUUAUUAUUUAAAAUGGUAUUUACUGAAAAUUUACAGACUGAACAGCAAACAGUGCAGACCAAGAUUUGCCUGCACUGGUCGCAAAGGCAGAAUCACUUGCCGCCAGCAGACUAAAGAAUAAUAGAAUUCUGCUUUUAAAAGCCAGCGAUAGGAGACACAAGGGGUGUUGCACAUUUCAUUACCUCUCGUGAACAGACUCAAUCAAACCCAGUCUGCUAUUAUUUUGCUUGGCUGCAUUGUGCUUCCAAAGGAUCUUUCACAAAUUUUAUUAUCUAUCGUUGCUUCAAUCAUACUCAUCCAGUAGUUGUUUGUGUUUAAUUUUAUUUAUAAUCCACUGGUUACCCAUGUUGUCAACUCCUCCAGAAGACUGUAAGUAAUCUUAGCUGGAAGAUAGUUCAAAAUACAGAAGAUGCUCCGAUUCCAGAUUCCCCGCUUCUUUAGCAUGUCAGAUCUAAAGUACCUAUACACAGGACUAUCAUCCGUUACAUACUUUAGUUGGAGCAGCAAGUAAUCAAACUCCUGAUCUCUGGUUUCUAAGGCAAGACAGUGUUAUCAGUAGACCACUGUGUCUGCUCUACAUUAAAUACUAUUUGUUCUUGCCAGAUGUAUAAGUAUUUCAUCAAAAUCUCUUGUAUCCACAUUGUUAAAGCAGUAAUUUACAUACAGGUGUUCCUGAUCAAUAAAGACUCAUUUGUCA